GCAAACCAGUUGGCUGCCGGGCUGAUGUCUAUCGGAGUAGGCCGUGGUGACGUGGUGGGCUGGGUCAUGAGCACCCGGCCGGAGUGGAUCGCCUUGUGUUUUGCAGUAUCAAAGAUUGGCGCCAUUGCUAUGCCUCUUAGCCCCGAAUACUUCUUAUGGACGUCUAAUAACAAGGAAAUAACAGAACAUGCGCUUCAAAAGGCUAAAUUGAAAGUGCUCGUGAUGGAAAAUCAUCCAGCCUCCGAACACUUUGAAGGAACUGUACCAUUCCUUUUUAAAAUGUUUCCGGAGACAAUGUCAUCCAACUCAAGGGACCUGGCCAUUGAAAAGGUACCAAGCUUGUCAUCCAUUGUCAUCAUUGGCGACAGGACCCACGAAAACGUCUUCUACCACCUUGAAGACAUGAAGACUGCGGUUCUUGAUGACACCGCCGGGAAGCGCCUACAGCUCGCCCAGCGCCAGACUGAUUGUCACGACACGGUGUUCUUGACUUUUACUUCAGGAAGUACCGGAGUUCCCAAGUGUGUCGAACAUAGCAGCCACACGCUCAUUAACAACAGCGGCCUUCACGCCAAGACUAUUGGGAUGAACAACAAGAACAUGGUGCUGCACUCCAUAGACUUGACGGAGUUCCCAUGGGCCUUCCUGUUUUCCUUAACCGAGGGAUGUACACUUGUGUUGCCUAGCGACACCCCGCCCACGGCGUCUGAGGUUUUGUCUGCUCUGUUGGAAGAAAGGUGUGAAGCCACGUCCUUUAUGUACGUGAAGACGUUGCAUGACUUGGUGAAUGAUCCAGAGUUGAAGACAUUUGACUUGACAUUCCUGGAACAAGUCACAGUCGGUGGGAAUGUUGUAUCCAAACGCCUUCAACAGGAUGCUGCUACAGUAUUCCCUAAUGCUGACAUACUGACCCUCUACGGAACGACAGAGACCCUACACUUGGCGACGACUAUAGCCGACAUGACGGACGUACAGCGGCAGUCAACGGUGGGUCAUCUGCUUCCCCACCUGGAGAUGAAGCUUGUAGACAGACACGGUCAGAUCGUCCCCUUACAGCACGAGGGAGAAGUCUGGGUUCGAGGCUACUCUGUGUUCAAAUGUUACCGGGGAGAUGAAGAGAAAACUGCAGAGGCGAAGACGGCUGAGGGGUGGUACAAAACUGGUGACAUCGGAAUCCUUGAUGAAAAUGGCUUGCUGAAGAUUGUUGGAAGGAUUAAAGACGUGAUCUUGAAGAACGCUGAAAUAGUUUAUCCCGCCAUGGUUGAGCGAGUUCUGCAGACGCACCCCAAAGUAUUGGAUGUAAAGGUCGUUGGUGUACCAGACCCCGCUAAUGUGGAGGAGAUAUGUGCCUGUAUCAUCUUGAAGAACGGCCACACUCUACAGUCGCAGGAGAUGAGGGAACACUCGGAGGCUAACGGGUUGCUUGAGGAGUUUACCCCGGGAUACUUCGUCUUCAUGAAAAGUUUCCCCAAGACUUCGACUGGAAGGAAGGUCGACAGGAAGAGAAUCCGAGCUCUUGCCAUGCAAAUGCUGGCCUUACAGGAAGAUGACUUGUAAGGGAUCCUCCAUGACAACAUCACAACUGUCGAUAUCUUGCAAGGGGAAAGUUGUUUUUCAGAGUUCGAUAUUUCUACACUUCUGUUAGAUAACGGUACUCAAUAUUGUCAUCACAAUUACUUUUGCUGGUAUUUUUGUAAAGGUGACAUACAAGAAGUAGUGCAACGUAUCAUGUUACAAUUGUAAAAUAAUUUUGCAAACUUGACAAACGGUACAGAGCAAGCAGUUUGUUAUGGUUUGCUAUUUAUUAGACGAUACCAGUCUCUACUUUAAAUUGUCAAAGCUGAAGUUAGGGUUGAAUCAUUUGAUGGAGUCAAACAUGUCUAUCAAAUUACAGAUAUCCCUACGAGAUAGCAAUUAAUAAUCAUUCCUACAAAGAUACAUUUGUAACUUGGCGGCCAGCUUAAACAUUUGGAAGCGGUAGAUUCUAUGCAAGUCUUAUGCAGACAUAUAGGUAUCACUCAUAUGAAAAAUUCGUGGAAUUAAUUACUGGAUCUAUAGUAUCUCAUUUACACCAAUAAUGGUCUUCUUUGAGUGCAUUGAGUAUUCUUACUAAGGCUUGAGAAUAUGUAACAAAGUAUCAUGUACGUUCGUACUCUAAGACUCGUAGGGAGACACACAUAUUAUGUGCUGUUCUAUGUUUUGUCCAAUUUGAGCAGUUAACAAGACUACUAGUAGUUAGAUAGAUAGAUAAAUGAUUAUCUGUAGUAAUGUCAUCGAAAAUUCUCCUUAGAUAAAUUGGUUAUGUUCUCAA